UAGUUGCAGGGUCCACUAAAAUUUUCUGUCUGAAUUGUUAUCGCAACUUGUGGAUUUCUAUUGUACCAAAGAGCUACAUGUGUAUCCAGCCGCCUUCAACAACCUAGCUCACUUUAGCGACUUUCAUAAAAAAAUCAUUUCAUACAAUGGGAAUCGAAGACAAGAUGCCCUCCAAGAAGCGCAAGUCAGAAGACGACCCCACGGCCACUACCACCACCACGACCGCCGUCGUGAGCGGCGAUGCUACUUCAUCAGGCAAGAAGCGAAGACGCCUGAGCGAUGCCGACCCUACUUCGGAUAAGAAGUCCAAGAAGAGCAAAAAGGACAAGAAGAAGAGCAGCAAGUCCUCCAAGAAAGACAAGGAGCGCAAACAUGUUCCUUCUGCCGAAGACCAAGAAGAUGCCGCUGCAGAAGACGCUGCCGCUGCUAUUGAAGCCAAUGACUCGCCUGAAGACGUUCCCAUGAAUGAUGACGACGCUCCUCAACCUCUUGCAGAGUCCCAAAGCAAAGAAGAAGAGGAAAGCAGUAAAGAAAGUUCCAAGAAGAAGAGCAGCAGCAAGAAAGAGAAAAAGGACAGAAAGGACAAGAAAUCCAAGUCCAAAAACAAGGACGACAAACCCGAGACCGAAGGCAAACCCGAGGUCGAAGUCGACGUCGAGUCCACCGCAACAGACGCCGAAGACCCCCAGCAACCCUCCUCCUCCUCCUCCAACAAAAAAGUCCGCUUCAUAGUCUUCGUCGGCAACCUCCCCUACUCCGCGACCCCCGCGCAGAUAACCGCGCACUUCGCCUCCGUGCACCCGACCUCCGUGCGCCUGCUGCACGACCCGCGCACCAAGAAGUCCCGGGGCAUCGCCUUCGUCGAGUUCGCCCGGUACGACCACAUGAAGUCCUGCCUGAAGACCAUGCACCACACCACCUUCACUUGCCCCGCCACCGGCAAGGACGCGGGCAAGGGUAGGAUCGAGGAGCGCCGCAUCAACGUAGAGCUGACGGCCGGCGGAGGCGGGAACACCUCCCACCGCAAGGAGAAGAUCCGCGCCAAGAACGAGAAGCUCAACGAGGAGCGCGCGAGGAGGGCACAGGAGGAGGCUAAGGCUAAGGCCGAAAAAGAGGAGAAGGCGCAGAAUGGGGGCGAGGCCAAGAAGGCUGGCGGCGGCGUAGAAGAUGCUAUCCACCCGAGCCGUCGUGGGAGGGUCCCUGGAGCCCGGUCAUGAUACCCUACACAGUAUACUUCUUUUCUGUCUGUGUAUCUAUUUUUAUUUGGUUCAUCCUAAUCACAUUUUCUACUAAGUACCUACCUACCUACCCAGGGACAGAUGUUUACGCAUAGAAAAUGGAAAAUAAAAAAUAAU